UUUUCCUCGGAUUUAAAGCAAUUAAAGAACCCUGCAUUGCUCCGCUUUUACUCAAGUCUUGAUUCAUGACGGUUUGUUUAUUCUGGGCAGUAAAUCCAUUCAUUUUCUCUUUUUAUUCCAGGUAGUUAAGCCGUGCAUUAUUCUUUAUUAAUUCAAGGCACUAUUCCGGGCAACUGAGUCAUAAUAAGUUCAUAAUUGAUUUGUUAUAAUAUCAAUUAAUAGUUGAGUCGAGUUAAUUCGAGGCAGUUCAGUAAUGAAUACUUACUCUUCGUAAUUCCAGGCAGGUCAACCGUUAAUUUUUCCCUUCUUAUUCCGGACAUCAACGGAAUUCUAAAUUCUUCUUGUUAUUCCUGGCAAUUGAGUGAGAAAUUGGUGCAGACAACACAAGAUUCCUGAUUAUUUUGUUUAUUCCAGGCAGCUAUACCGUACCCUUAUAAUAUUCUUUAUUAACUCAAGCAUAGAAUAACCAGACAAAUUCUCUCGUUAGCCUAUGACUCAAGGCACUGGAUCUUAAAUUAUUUUGUUUUUAUACCAGGCAGUUGAUUGAAUCAUAGAUUUUUCUCCUUUAAUUCCAGGCAAAUAAACCAUGAAUUUUUUAUAUCAAUAUUCCCAGACAUCAAUAGAGUUAUGAUUUCAGAGUCAAAAGUUCAUCGUUAUGUCAUUAUUACAGACAGUAGAAUCAUUGUUUUUCCUUUUGAUUAGAACCAGUUAUUCCAGGAAGUUUUUUUAACCUUUAUCCAGGCAGUCGUUCCAUACAUGUAUCCGGUUAUUCCAGGCGCGAAUCAGGUUAGUUAUUCAGCGGGUGUUGGUUAGAAACAAUGAUAAAUUCGUUGAGGUUAUGAUGUUAUGGUGGCCCUGUGGGGUUAUGUUUUUGACAAAUGAUAUAUGUCACACCCUACUGUGUCACAUUCCUAUAGGUUAGAGAGAGAAAGGCAAUGUUUUAGGAUCCGGAUGUGCUUUUAAACAGAGACAACCAAAGAAUGGUGGAACUGUGUCCGAUUGAUUUCCAUCUUUGUCUCUCUCUUCGUAAAAGGCGCGGAUUGCGUUGCCGCCAUAAUUCAAACGUCCUUUUAGUCAUUUUAAUUAAAAUCAGCAGUUAUGUCACAGAAGUCAUAUAUAACAAUUAUCCGACUUCGAAGUCAUAACGAGUGAUUUUAAUUAAAAUAAAUAGGGCUCGUGUUAUGAGGUUUGAAUUAUGGCGGCAACGCUAUCUGCGCCAUCUACGUUCACCUUUUCACAAAGAGAGACAAAUAUAUUUUUGACAUAUGUCACACGACCGCUCCGAGUUUAUAGGUUAGAGAGAGAAAGGCAGUGUUCGAAGGUGCUUUGCCUAAACCCAAUCGUAACCACAUCCCUAGCAAAGACGGUUGCGGCUCCCUGGGCCUCAAAAUCAACUCGGACUAUUUACCGUUCGCCGCAAUGGAAGAGUGUUGCAACACCCACGAUAUCUGUUACGAUACUUGUAACGCGGACAAGGAAGUGUGCGACUUGGACUUUAAGCGGUGCCUUUAUAGGCAUUGUGACGGUUAUAGUAAGUCGGUGGGGGGCCAAGCGAUGACCAAAACAUGUAAAGGGUUAGUAAGACAAAUUGACCUCGAAAUAGGUGAGGAUGAACUACUAAAAUGUUGUAAAACCAAUAGUCAUGUGGAAAUAUUAGACGCCAAGAGGCUCAAUCGUAAAAUUAUUAAAAAUGGCGAAACAAAUUAUGAACCCACAGGAACUGUACUUUUUACAUUUAAGGGUGUGUAUUUACCUAAAUCAAUAACCUUUUAUCGACUAGAAAGACCAAUUUCCAUUUAUAUUUCACCAGUUACACAAUGUUUUCGAUGUCUGCGUUUUGGACAUACCCGCAAUAAUUGCAAGGGUAAAGAAAGAUGCUUUAAUUGUGCGAAAGAAACAAAUGAAAAUAGUGAAGAAGAACAUUCUACCUGCAAUACACAAUGUUUAUAUUGUAAAGACAAUCAUAAAUCAACAGAUAAAAAAUGCCCGGAGUAUAUGCGACAAAAAAAUAUUAAAGAAUUAAUGGCAUAUGAGAAUAUAACUUUCUAUGACGCAAGUGAAAGUAUUAAAAAAACAUACAUUCCGAGAGAUGAAUUUAUCUAUCGUCCAAAUGACUUUCCCAAUAUAAAAAAUAAUAAUAAAAAUAAAGGUAAUUCCCAAGAUAAUUUGAUAACCCCCUCACAAAGACGAACUGAACAUUACAAAUCGGACCCAAUUAAACGUUCUUUCCAACAAGUAUUAACUGAAAAUUCUAAAAAAAAGAGAAUAAUGCAUAAAGGAUAUGACAAAAAAGCUCAUGAAGAAAAUCUGAUUUUUCCCAACUCAAGACCCCAAAAAGAGGAUAAAUCACAAAAACAAAAUAUGACAGUUUAUACGCAAGCCAUGACAAACUCACCAAUGCCUAGCACUAGUGCACUUCACAAUCAAAGUAAAUUUGAAUCGCAUACUUCUACAUACCCUGAAAAUAUUGAAAACAUCAUACAUACUAUUUUAAAUAUGUCAGAAAAAAAUAAAAAAACUAUUAAAGACAUUCUUUUUAAUCCAAAUUAUGAAAAUCACAUGGACUUAGGCUCCGACUCACACUCAGAUUCGAAUUAUUAAAUAAUGAUAAUAAAAAACUCCAACAAACACCUCAUCAACUCUACUCUAAAAAUUAUUCAAUGGAACCUGAGAAGUAUUAAGUCCAAUAGGGAAAAUUUACUGAAUUUAAUUUUUAAAGAGAAUCCUGACAUUCUGCUCUUAAAUGAAACCUGGCUAAAAUCAGAACAUCAUUUCAAUUUAAAAUCAUAUAACAUAAUAAGACAGGAUAGACAUGAUGGCUAUGGAGGUGUAGCAACUUGCAUUAAGAAAAAUAUAAUUUUUAAAACUAUUGAAACCUAUUCAUCAGAUUAUAUUCAAUAUAUCAUAGUGGAAAUAAGUAAUGUCCAGUUGACUAAUAUAUAUUGUAACUCACAUAUCAACUUAAAUUCAGACAUUUUGAAAAAACUCAUAAAUAAUAAUCCAAAAAAUACCAUCAUUAUGGGAGAUCUAAAUUCUCAUCACCCCUUAUGGGAUAACUGUACUCCCAAUAAAGGUGGAAACAUAAUAAAUGAUUUUAUAUUCGAGAAUGAACUAGUGAUCAUGAAUGAUGGUUCUAGGACUCGUUUUCAAUUAGCAGAAGAUUUAUCAAGUGCUGUUGAUUUAACAAUGAUCAGUGCAAAUUUAGCGUUACAGGCCAAUUGGUAUACCACCAUGGAUUGUGGUAAUAGUGAUCAUUUCCCUA